ACAAGAACCACAUUCCGCAGAUGGAGUUCCUAACUGCAGCUCCUGCUACCAAAAUAUCAUCAGAUUUCUCGAUGGAGUCCUAUAUAAAUUCUUCAGUAGAUUAUUCUUACAAUGAUGAGGAAUGGAAUGAUACUUUAGAAUAUGCUUUGUAUGAAGAGAUGUGUGUCAAAGAAGAAGUCAGACAUUUCAGGAAAUCAUUCCUCCCUGCAUUUUAUUCCAUUGUUUUCCUUGCUGGACUUGCUGGAAAUUCUUUAGUGGUUGCGAUAUAUGCCUACUUGAAGAAGUUAAAGAGCCGGACAGAUGUGUACAUAAUGAAUUUGGCCAUUGCCGAUUUGCUACUGCUUUUCACUCUCCCAUUUUGGGCAGCAAAUGCUGGGCACGGAUGGGUGCUUGGUAUCGCUUUGUGCAAAAUCACCUCUGCUAUGUACACCUUGACCUUCAGCGCUCGGAUGCAGUUUCUGGCCUGCAUCAGCAUUGACAGAUAUAAUGCCAUCAUCAAACCCCAGAAUCAACAAAGAGAUACAAAGAAAUGCAGCAAAACUUGCUCCGUUGUCUGGAUAGCUGCCAUGUUGCUAUGCAUUCCUGAACUGAUUUUUAACACAGUUAAAGAGCUACACGACAGAUCUGAAUGUCUUCCUAUAUUUCCCAAGAGCCUUGGGGUAACGCUUAAAGCAACCAUCCAAAUCUUGGAAAUUACUCUGUGUUUUGUAUUGCCUUUCCUCGUCAUGGUGAUCUGCUACUCGGCUAUUGCCAGAGCUCUCAUUAAGAGUCCCAGCGUUAAGAAAUCCCAUCCCCUGAAAGUUCUUGCAGCAGUCGUCUCUGCCUUUAUCCUCACCCAAUUGCCCUACAACAUUGUCAAGCUUUGGAGAGCCAUAGAUAUUAUCUUCCACCUGAUUACAGACUGCAACGUAAGCAAAGCCAUCGAUGUUGCCUUCCAGGUCACAAAGAGUAUUGCCUUGUUUCACAGCUGCUUAAACCCCAUCCUGUAUUUUUUUAUGGGAGCCUCUUUUAAAAUGUAUAUGGUGAAAAUAGCAAAAAAAUAUGGCUACUGGAGAAGACAACAAACAGCAACUGAAGAGAUUCCCAUGGGGUACGAGGAGGACUCUGCAGAACAAACAAGCAGCUUCACUAUUUAGAAAACUAGGAGGAGGGUACCGUAGUCCACAUUAGCGAAUCAACAUUCAGACAUUGAGGGCUGAUUCCAAGAUAACAGAAUGUAUCUGCUCCUGGGCAUAGAACUGCAUCUCAAAAUACUUGUUUAAACUGGUAGAGCAAAGCAGAAAUCUUGGUGCAAUCUGUACUCCAGACACUCCAGCAUGGCACGUACCAUUUCCACUCUUGCUUUCAGUUUAUUGUACAAUAUCAUCCAGUUAAUAUAGACUACUUUAUGGGGAACUGAGGGAUGGAGACACAAAAAUAAGAGAUACGCUUAAAAACAUGGGAGGGAUUUGUGUGAGGUGUGUGCAUGUGGAGAGCAGGGAUGAGAAGUAUACCAAAGUUGUGUUCUGCAGGGCUGGCUUUUUCUCAAGCAGCCUGUAUCAGACUAAUGCAUGAUAAACAAGUUAGUUUUUGUUCUGUUUUUUAAACUUUUACUGUACCCAGCAUCCUGGUGCAGUGUGCCUUCCUGCUCCUACCAAUUAACUAUAUGGAGUAGGCAGGCCUUUUUUUCUGGGAAAAGAGGUAGCAGAACUCAGUGGGUUGCCAGCACAGGGGGCAACUCCCUGUGUGAGGUGGUGCCCCUGGUACCACACGUGCAUGCAAAAAGUGCAUGCACACUCCCAGGCCCACACAAUGAUGUCACUUUGGGUCAGCUGGAACAAAGGGGGAGUUUUUAAAAGUUUAAAUCGCCCUCGGCGA